GCGGGACGCUGACGUGUCGUGUGACGUCACACGCGCGCCGCAGCUUGGUCCGCUUGUGGAGUCGGCGAGGGAGACUAUGGCUCCGGGCGUGCAGCUGCCUCCCGAGAUCCAGCUGGCGCAGCGCCUGGCAGGCAACGAGCAGGUGACCCGGGACCGGGCGGUGCGGAAACUCCGGAAGUACAUUGUCGCCAGGUCCCAGCGGGCCACAGGGGGCUUCACACAUGAUGAGCUGCUGAAGAUAUGGAAAGGACUGUUUUACUGCAUGUGGAUGCAGGACAAGCUGCUCCUGCAGGAGGAACUAGGAAGGACCAUUUCCCAGCUCAUCCAUGCUUUUCAGACCAUGGAAGCACAGCACUUGUUCCUGCGAACGUUCUGGCAGACCAUGAUCCGCGAGUGGGCAGGCCUGGACCGGCUGCGCCUGGACAAGUUCUACCUGCUCAUGCGCCUGGUCCUGAAUGAGGCCCUGAAGGCUGUGAGGAUGCGAGGCUGGGAAGAAAGGGACAUCGAGCAGCUGAUGGCGCUGCUGACAACUGAGAUCUUGCACGAGGACAGCCAGGCUCCCAACGGCGUGAAGAGCCACUUCCUGGAGGUCUUCCUGGAGGAGCUGGCCAAAGUGGGCGCCGCAGAGCUCACGGCAGAUCAGAACCUGUGGUUCGUGGAACCCUUCUGCCAGAUCGCCGCGCUCACUAAGGACACUCUGGUUCUGCACAACAUCACUCGGGGCAUCUUCGAGGCCAUCGUGGAGCAGGCCCCCUUUGCCAUUGAGGAUCUCAUGAAGGAACUGGAUGCGCAAGAAGGGGAGGACGAGGCGUCAGAUAGCGAUGGCGACUCCGGCAGUGACAAGGAGCUGCCUCACCUGAGGCUGCCUGCAGGCUUCCUGGAGCAGGAGGGACAUGACGAGGACAGCUCUGGGCCCGUCCUCCAGUUUGACUACGAGGCAGUUGCCAACAGGCUGUUCGAGGUGGCCAGCCAGCAGAACACCCCUUCUCAGAACAGGAAGCGCCUCUACAAGGUCGUCCGCAAGUUGCAGGACCUCGCUGGAGGUCACUUCCCUGAGGACGAAGUCCCCGAGAGGGCCUGCAAGCGGCUGCUGCAGGGGAGGCGCGUGCGAAAGGCCAAGCGGCGCUGGCUGCAGCAGCAGGCACGGGGCCAGAGAGGGGAGGCUGAGCAGGAAGAGGACGGGGCCCUGAGCCCUGGAGGGGAGAGGAAGAAGAGCAGGAGGGGGCCCAGGAGGGCCGGCCCUAUGCCACACACAGGAGCUGCCGGCCGGAAGGGGACCCACAGGAGGAAGAGGCGGCCUGGGCAGCCACGUGGGGCCCGAGGAAAGGCGGCUGGGACCCAGGAGUCAGCGAGGAAGAAGAAACGGCCGCCGGAGAGUGGGUAGAGAUGUGACUGGCGGGGACAGGUGGAGGCUGUGCGCCGAGCUGACGUGAGGCGGGGUACCCAUGGUCCCCACCUCAGCCGGGCUCGUGAAGAGGGCGGGCCCCGGAGACGGUGUUGCCCUUGGCUCAGAUUCAAGCCCUGGAGACUGAAAGCCCCACCUGUGUGGUGCCCUGGGCCACCAGGGAAUAAAACGCUCUGGUGUGUG